AUGUCCCAGGAGAGUCAGCAUGGCAAAUGGACUCUAUCCAGUAGUGAUGACGACGAUGACAAUGUCAUACCCCCAACUCCCCCAAAGAAUUCAGAUACAUACAAUAACCCUGAACCCCAGAGCAAAUCUAAUAGGAUGGAAUGCUCUGAGGCCAGACGCGCAGCCCACGUGAAUCAGAACAAUCCGGUCAAAUACGAAAACAGCCCCUCUCCUGCAGUCAAAAGAAAGAGAGAAACAGAAGAAACAGGUUGGGACCUUUCAAGCAGUGACGAUGAAGCUCCCAAAUUGAACCAACAAAGCCAGUCUAAAAAGUCCCAACCCAAGCAUUCAAGUCCUAAGAAGGUGAAAAAGGAAGACGCCAGACCGCCGAGUCCUCACGGCCCCGCUUACUUUAAAGAAGAGCCAGCCGACUUCUUUGAAACCAAUUUGUCCUCUAUGAAUGACACUUUUCGUUUCUAUCUGAACAAAGUUACCGGUAUAGAUAAGAAGUACAACACUGGAGCUUUACAUAUUAAAGAAAUUCUCUCACCUAUGUUUGGGACGCUGAAAGAAUCUGUGCAGUUUAACUACUGCUUUGAUAUUCCAUGGAUGGUGGAGCAGUACCCUCCAGAGUUUAGGGAUAAGCCGGUCAUGCUUGUCCAUGGAGAAAAACGGGAAUCUAAGGCACGAUUAAUCCAGCAGGCUCAACCAUAUGGGCAUAUCCGCUUCUGUCAGGCCAAAUUGGAUAUUGCCUUUGGCACCCAUCACACGAAAAUGAUGCUGCUGUGGUAUCUGGAGGGAUUCAGAGUCAUCAUUCUCACUUCAAAUUUAAUUCGAGCUGAUUGGUACCAGAAGACACAAGGGCUUUGGAUGAGUCCCCUCUACCCGAGGUUGCCAGAGGGAAGCCCAGAGACAGCUGGGGAAUCUCCCACAAACUUCAAACGAGACCUGUUGGAAUACCUGGAGGCUUACCGCGCCCCUGAGCUCGCUGACUGGAUCAAUCGCAUCAAAGAGCACGACCUGUCAGAAACCAGAGUUUAUCUCAUCGGCUCUACUCCAGGGAGAUUCCAAGGGCCUGCUAUGGAGAAGUGGGGUCAUUUGAGACUAAGAAAGUUAUUGAGCGAACACACAAAAUCCAUUCACAACGAGGAAAAGUGGCCCAUAGUCGGCCAGUUCUCGAGCAUUGGCUCCAUGGGCAUUGAUAAGACCAAAUGGCUAGCUGGAGAAUUCCAGCGCACACUGACCACACUGGGGAAGGGAGGGAACUCAUCUACCAGUUCAGAGACCCAGAUGCUUCUGGUCUAUCCCUCUGUGGACAAUGUGCGGACUAGUCUGGAGGGCUAUCCAGCUGGUGGAUCUUUACCCUACAGUAUCCAGACUGCACAGAGACAGCUCUGGCUUCAUUCCUACUUCCACCACUGGCAAGCAGAGACAUCAGGCAGGACUGACGCCAUGCCACACAUUAAAACCUAUAUGAGGGUAUCACCAGACUUCACCCAACUUGCCUGGUUCCUCGUCACAAGUGCCAAUUUGUCCAAGGCUGCCUGGGGAGCUCUGGAGAAGAAUAACACCCAGAUGAUGGUUCGCUCCUACGAGUUGGGAGUUCUCUUCCUCCCUUCAGCUUUUAACAUGAGCACUUUCUCAGUGCAGAAGAACGUCUUUCCUGUCACAAGCUCAACAAAAGGCUUCCCAGUCCCCUUCGACCUCCCACCCCAGCGUUACUCUGGCAAAGAUCAACCGUGGGUCUGGAAUAUUCCAUACACCAAUGCUCCAGACACCCAUGGCAACAUAUGGGUGCCAUCUUAA